AUGCUAACUCCGAGUGUCAGCCUUGCAUAUUCAGCCUCGCAGAUUUUUACAUCACCACCUUUAAUCGCAUUAACGAACGAUAACACGACAUUUUCAAUGUCCAAGAACCCUAUACAAAGCAUGUUUUCUCGGGCUCUGGGGAGUCAAUUGGCAGCCAAAACUGCGUGGCGGGGCUUCGCAACGACCGCAGUGAGGGAGGCUGAUUUUACUCAUGCUAUCAUUGGCGGCGGUGCAAUUGGAUUGGCCAUUGCAAGACAAUUGGCAGGUAGAGAUGGGACGAGUACAUUACUUGUAGAACGAAAUGGUGGGGUUGGGAUGGAAACAAGCUCACGGAAUUCAGAAGUAAUACACGCUGGGCUCUACUAUGGUGCCGACUCCCUCAAGACAAAGCUCUGCAUCCAAGGCCGCCAUAUGAUGUACGACCUCUGCCAAAAGCACUCCAUCCCGCACAACAACAUGGGCAAAUGGAUUGUGGCCCAGACAGAUCAACAGUGGGAAGAAUUGGUCAAGGUCCAUGAAUUUACACGCAGCAUCGAAGGCGUACCUACCAGCUUCGUCUCCCUAGCAGAAGCAGCCAAGCAAGAGCCUGACGUGCAAGCCAAAGCCGGGAUCCUCGAAUCCCCAACAACAGGCAUCAUCGACUCGCAUGCAUACAUGCAAUUCCUACUCGGCGAUUUCGAAGACCGCGGCGGCGACGUAGCGCUCCAGUCCCCCGUCGUCGCCAUUACCCCCCUCGGGCAAAACGGCAGCGCGGGCUGGGAAGUAACCACGAAAGACAAAUCCUCGGGCGAAGAAAGCACCUUCACAACCGAGAUCCUCGUCAACUCCGCGGGUCUCGGAGCUUGUGAUAUAAACAACAUGAUCCUGCCUCCCAGCAGACACCAAAAGCAAUACUACGCCAAAGGAAACUACUUCUCCUAUGCCGCCUCGCAGCCCAGCACAAAACACCUCAUUUACCCCGCGCCCGAACCCGGUCUCGGCGGUCUAGGCACGCAUCUCACGCUCGACAUCUCCGGACGGAUUCGCUUUGGUCCGGAUGUGGAGUGGGUAGACAGUCCUGAUGAUUUGAAGGUCAAUGAUGCGAGAUUGCCGCAGGCUAUUGAGCAGAUCAAGAAGUUUCUCCCGGGCGUAAGGGAGGAGGCUAUUCAGCCGGAUUAUGCGGGGAUUCGACCGAAGUUGGGACAUCUCUCGGCCGUUGCGACUGGGAAGAGCUUUUUGGAUUUUGUGAUUAGGAGGGAGGACGGCUACGAGGGGUUUGUAAAUUUGCUUGGGAUUGAAAGUCCCGGGCUGACGGCCAGUUUGGCGAUUGGGGAGAUGGUAGAGGGGUUGUUGUAUAGAUGA